UGAAAAGUGAUCGCAGUUCGGUUGGGUUUGUUUGUUCAUCAUAUUAUAAAUUGUUGUUCGUUUUGUUUGGCGCGAUGUUAAGUAGAGAAACAUAGAUAAUUCUGAUACAAACAAAAAUUAAAAAAAAAAAGUGCAACAGUUUUUGUUUGACAUGUGUCGACUAUUUGUUUACACUGUACGAUUAUUUAAAGAUCAGAAAACCACCAACCUAAGGGACAUAUAAUUAUGUUUACUAAUCUAUUGCUGUCACAGCAGCAAGGUGGAUAAGUUAUAUACAUCUACACGACUUUUAAAGAUUGUUACCAAAAAAAAACAAACAGAAAAAAUUGCAAAAACGCUAUCGCAAAAGCUAAAACAACACCAUUCACAACCAGAGAGUGAAAGCUGCUACACACGCUACACAUAUUUCUCGCCUGUCACUGAUAAGCUAGUUUGCUACUAAAAUCUAUUGUUAGUCAGUAGUUGUGUUUAGAAUGUGACCCGUUGUUGGACUUCGCGCUUGAAGAUCGAAGAUGGCGUUUAUACUGCUUGUUUCAUUAGCAAUCUUGCUAGCAGUUUAUUUGAACUACAAUUUCCAGAAAUUGCAAUCGAGCUGGUUUUCGCCGCUUGCUAAACGGUGUGACAAGUUAUCGGCAAUUAAAAAGGGCAUAUGGGAUGUGCCAGGACCUUAUCCGGUGCCAUUUCUUGGAACUAAAUGGACAUUUCUGUUAGGGCAGUACAAAAUAACCAAAUUACAUGAAGCUUAUAAAUGUAUGAAUGAGAAAUAUGGUCCAAUUGUUCUCGAAGUCACACCUGGUGGAGUUCCCAUUGCACAUUUAUUCGAGAAAACCGAUAUCGAAAAAGUUCUCAAGUAUCCUAGCAAGUAUCCAUUCAGACCACCGACUGAAAUAGUCGUUUACUACAGAAAGUCAAGGCCAGAUCGUUAUGCAAGCGUUGGAAUAACAAAUGAGCAAGGUCCAACUUGGCAACGACUACGUUCAGCUCUAACUUCCCACAUAACUUCGCCGAAAAUUUUACAAAACUUCCUGCCAUCUCUGAAUUCAGUGUGUGAUGAUUUUAUUGAACUUCUUCGUCACAAAAGAAAUCCAAUUACGAUGGAAGUGGAACACUUUGAAGAUGUUGCCAAUUUAAUGGGUCUUGAGGCAGUUUGCACCUUAAUGCUAGGUCGUAGAAUGGGUUUCCUAUCAACGGAAUCUGAACAGCCGGAAAAGGUUAAAUUACUAGCAAAAGCUGUUAAGCAACUGUUUGUAUCACAACGAGAUUCCUAUUAUGGCUAUGGCUUGUGGAAGUACAUACCAACUCGAACCUAUUCGCAGUUCUCUGAGAGUGAAGAUUUUGUCUAUGAUAUGAUUUCAGAGAUGGUAGAAAAAGCUCUUCGGGAUGAAGAAAUCGAAGUUACCAAUUUGGACGAUGAAGAUUUGAAAAGUAUCUUUAUUAGUAUUUUACAAUUGAAAGAUAUCGAUAUUCGUGAUAAGAAAUCGGCAAUAAUUGAUUUUGUUGCUGCUGGAAUAGAAACGCUAGCCAAUACGUUGAUUUUUGUUCUUAAUUUUGUAACUAGUCACAGCAAUGCAACUGAGCAGAUUCUUGCUGAAUUUCAAGUGCACACAAGCAGUGUCAUUUUGCAAGAUGCAAUUACAAAUGCAAAAUUCACAAAAGCAUGUCUGCAGGAGACUUAUCGUCUGCAACCGACAGCUUUUUGUUUAGCUCGAAUCCUUGAAGAAGAUACAACUUUGUCAGGAUAUGAACUUAAAACAGGGACAGUAGUAUUGUGCCAAAAUAUGAUAGCCUGUCAUAAAAACAGCAAUUUUAAAAAUGCUAGCCAAUUUAUUCCAGAAAGAUGGAUUGAAAAUGGAACAUUUAAUGUAAACAUUGAGAGUUCAUCGAUAGUUGUUCCAUUUGGAAUCGGUAAACGUACUUGCCCAGGAAAACGUUUUGUGGAAAUGGAAGUGAUCUUGUUGCUUGCCAAGAUGGUCCUUGCUUUUGAUAUAAGUUUUCCAAAACCAUUAGAAACUGAGUUUGAGUUCUUGCUAGUGCCGAAAACUCCAUUGAGCUUAAUCCUAAAAGAACGGAGUGUCUAAAAAAUUUGUUAAUUAUAAGCGUUCACCUUCCUUAAUGUCAAAAUGUAGAGACUGUUGUUUUGUUUUACAUUUCUUUUUUAUUUAAUAUACUUAAAUAUUGUAAAGUAAAAUAUUAAUAUAUGUAUUAAGUGCAAUAGAUAAAUUUCUUAAAACGAAAUAUGAAAAAAUAUGAAUGUAGAUAAAA